AUGGGCAAGACCAAGGUCGCGGACAAGUCGUCCAAGAAGGAGAAGAAGUCUGAGCUCGCCAGCGUCAAGGCUGGUCGCGUCACCAAGCCCGCGGCUACUCCCAAGUCGAAGAGCAAGGACAUUGCCAAGUCAGUUGCUUCCAACGUCAAGGACAAGAAGAAGUCGAAGAAGGCUCCUACCCCAGAGCCCGAGUCUGAUUCUUCGUCUGAGAGCGAGAGCGAGAGCGAAGAUUCCUCUGAGAGCAGCAGCGAGGAGGAGGUCGAGCAGAAGAAGACUCCUGCCAAGGCUGCUCCUAAGGUCGCUGCUAAGGCGGACUCCGAUUCUGACUCGUCCGACAGCUCCGAAGAGGACAGCGACAGCGACAGCAGCGAGGAUGAGAAGCCUGCCCCCAAGGCCAAGGCCAACGGUGUGAAGAAGGCCGCGGCUAAGGCCGAGUCCAGCGACUCCGACAGCGACUCCAGCAGCGAGUCUGAGGCUGAGAAGCCCGCCGCUAAGGCUGAGGCCACCUCCGACUCCGACGAUUCCUCUGACGCCGACUCCGACGACUCCUCCGCUUCCGAGAGCGAGGAGGCUCCCUCCAAGAAGCGCAAGGCUGAGGAGGCUGCUGCCCCCGCUGUCAAGAAGACCAAGACUGAGGAGCCCGCCGCUGAGGAGGGUAUCAAGAACCUCUUCGUCGGUAACAUGAGCUGGAACAUCGACGAGGACUGGCUCCGCCGCGAGUUCGAGGGCUUCGGUGAGAUUGUUGGCUGCCGUGUCAUCACCGACCGUGAGACUGGCCGUGCUAAGGGUUUCGGUUACGUCGAGUUCGCCAACGCUGCCGACGCCGCCAAGGCACAGAAGGAGAUGCACGAGUACGAGCUUGACGGCCGUCAGCUCAACGUCGACUUCAGCACUCCCCGCGCUAAGCCCGAUGCCAACGGUGCCCGUGCCAACAAGUACGGUGACAAGCGCAGCCCUCCCAGCAGCACCCUCUUCCUCGGCAACGUCUCAUUCGAGUGCUCCAACGAGAGCAUCCAGGAGGUCUUCCAGGAGUACGGUAACAUCACCCGUGUCUCUCUUCCCACCGACCGUGACACCGGCUCCCUGAAGGGUUUCGGAUACGUCGACUUCGGUUCCCAGGAGGAGGCUACUGCCGCUCUUGAGGCUUUGAACGGCCAGGACAUCGGCGGCCGUGCCAUCCGCAUCGACUACGCUCAACCUCGUGAGGACAACGGUGGCGGCGGUGGCUUCGGCGGUGGCCGUGGUGGUGGUCGCGGUGGACGUGGCGGCGGCCGUGGUGGCUUCGGCGACCGUGGUGGUCGUGGCGGAGGCCGUGGCUUCGGUGGUGGUCGCGGAGGCGGCCGUGGUGGUGCCCGUGGCGGUCGCGGUGGUUCAUUCAACCGUGGUGGCUUCGGUGACUUCCAGGGACAGAAGAAGAGCUUCGACUAA